AUGGCGGAUCGUCGAGUCUGAGUACCGACAUCGAUCACCGGAUAACUCGAUCGGACGCAGCCGAAAUUGACCAAGUAUAUCCAACGGUUUGGGCCAAACUACUGGAGGUAAUAUUAAAAUUUAAACGCAGUCAGGAUGAGCCCUUUAUGGGUGUUACCGCGGGUCGUUGUUGAAGCCAAACAGAACAGAAACUCAGGAGGCUUUCCGAGCGGCUCAUCCCACCUCCAUCUUGUUUGAGUGCUCCAGCCGCGGCCAGGCACGCUGAAUUAAUCCCGGAGCCCGAGAACAGAGGACUCCUAAUCAAUCCGCAGCAUCGUCCACCUGCCACGGGAGGCAGUUAGUGGGGCCUUGUGUGAGUGAAGUGUGUGAGCGAAACAUUGGGACCCUGAUUUACAAAUGAAAUGCUGAAGAGAGGACUUUGAACUGCUGAGCUGUGGGCCUUUUCUUUUCUUCUUCUUCUUAGCUCAGGAUUAUCCUAAACAAGAGCCUGACCAUCCUGGGCUGACCAAUCAGGCAGCGAUGGACUUCCCAUGCCACAGUGGGAAAGUCUUAGAGCAGCUAAAUCAUCAGCGUCAGCAGGAUCUCCUGUGUGACUGCACGUUUGUGGUGGAUGGUGUGGACUUCAAGGCCCACAAGGCCGUACUGGCGGCAUGCAGCACGUACUUCCAUGCUCUGUUCCUGGACCAAAAGGAUGUUGUGCAUUUGGAUAUCAGUAAUGCUGCAGGCCUUGGACAAAUCCUUGAGUUUAUGUACACAGCUAAGCUGACGCUGAACCCUCAGAAUGUCGAGGACGUUCUGGCUGUAGCCACUUUUCUUCAGAUGCAAGAAAUCGUCGAUGCUUGCUCUGUUUACAAGUCACUCGCAGGACCACCAGUGUUAAACAAUGGUGUAUCCGGUCCAACCGAGCAAAAUCGGAAGCUGAUUAAGGAAGACGACAAUGGUUCUGUGGAGCAACAGGACAGUCACGUCUCGGCUCAAAGCAGCGUCCCCGAGGGAGAUGAAGCUCCCUGUUCAUCCGAGACCCCUGAAGAGCAGCGGGCGAGUUGUAGCGCUACUGAAGGACAAAGCACAGGUGCUGAAAGUGUAGGGAUUCGACCACAAAAGCGCAGCCAACACACCAAGCUAACGGAGGAAGAAAAAGAAGAAGAAGAGGAGCAGGAAGGGAGCGCAACCAAGGAUCUUAUGGAGUAUCAGGAUGACCUGUCUGAUGCUGAUUACAGACCCAAAAUAUCACAAAGAGCUGCAAUUAGGAGGUCUCACGUAAGCACACGGAGAAGCAAGUCAAAAUCCAUCACUCGACAUGUUUCAACGCCAGACGACAGCAGCGAAGAAAGUCUGUCGAAAGCCACUACCGAAGAAAAUAUAAGAGAAGAGUUGGAUCAGGAAGAGGAGUUUGACGAGGAGGAGGAGCAGACAGAUCAGGAUGAUGAAGAAGGGGAGAUGGAUGUAGAUGAUGCGACUGCAGAAGCGACAGAUGAAGGAGAGGGGAAAUGUCUGAGGUCCGGGGUCAUGGCUGAACGCAGUGAGUCCAGAUCGUACGGCUCUGUCACACACAAAUGUGAGGAUUGUGGAAAGAAGUUUACCCACACUGGGAAUUUUAAGCGCCACAUGCGCAUCCAUACAGGCGAGAAACCCUUCAGCUGCAGGGACUGCAACAAGGCAUUUUCUGACCCGGCUGCCUGCAAAGCACACGAAAAAACCCACAGCCCGGUAAAGCCCUACUGCUGUUCCACCUGUGGGAAGAGCUACCGGCAGAUCAGCCUACUGAACCUGCACCGGAAGCGGCACACCGGCGAGGCGCGGUACAGCUGCGAGGAGUGCGGCAAACUCUUCACUACAUCGGGUAACCUGAAGCGCCACCAGCUGGUGCACAGCGGGGAGAAGCCGUACCACUGUGAGUACUGCGAGCGCACUUUCUCAGACCCCACCGCCAAAAUGCGCCACCUGGAGAUCCAUGACACGGACAAGGGCCACAAAUGCCCACAAUGCGACAAGAAAUUCAACCAGAUAGGAAACUUGAAAGCUCACAUGAAGAUCCACAUUGCAGACGGACCGCUGAAGUGUAAAGAGUGCGGGAAGCAGUUUACCACAUCAGGGAACCUGAAGAGGCACCUGCGAGUUCACAGCGGAGAGAAGCCCUUUGUGUGUAUGCACUGUCAGAGAGCAUUCGCUGAUCCGGGGGCACUGCAGAGACACGUGCGCAUUCACACAGGAGAAAAGCCAUGCCUUUGUCUAAUCUGUGGAAAAGGCUUUACGCAGGCUAGUUCGCUGAUUGCUCAUGUCCGGCAGCACACGGGAGAGAAGCCUUAUGUAUGUGACCGCUGUGGCAAAAGGUUUGUGCAGUCCAGCCAACUGGCCAAUCACAUCCGCCAUCAUGACAAUAUACGGCCCCACAAAUGCCAAACCUGCAACAAAGCAUUUGUCAAUGUCGGAGACCUCUCUAAACACAUCAUCAUUCAUACAGGUGAGAAACCUUAUCUUUGCGACAAGUGUGGGCGCGGGUUUAACCGCGUGGACAACCUCCGCUCCCACGUUAAAACUGUUCACCAGGGCAGAGCGGGCAUGAAGAGACUGGUGACGUCAGAGGACGACAACGAGGAGGACAAGCUCCUUCCUGCCACCGCCUCUAUGUCUGAACUUGACGAGAACGAAGUCAAUAUUGUUACAGUCACCACAGACGACAUUGUGACUUUGGCUACAGAAGCGCUGGCGGCCAACACUGUUGCACAGCUGACUGUGGUGCCUGUUACUACGUCUGUAUCUGCUGAUGAAACAGAGGCUCUGAAAGCUGAGAUCACAAAGGCAGUGGAAAAAGUGCAGGAGGCUGAUCCCAACACGCAGAUCUUAUAUGCAUGUGACUCCUGUGGGGAGAAGUUCCUGGAUGCCACUUCUCUGGCCCAGCAUGUGCGAAUACACACAGCCCAGGCUCUCGUCAUGUUCCAGGCUGACUCGGACUUCUACCAGCAGUAUGAAGCGGCGGAUGGUACUUGGCAGACCACCGAGCACGUCAUUCAGGGGGAAGAGAUCCUCUUUAGGAGGGAGGGAGAGGAAGAAGUUAAUGAUGGCACCCAGGGCGAGGAGGCGCGUCCUGAACAUCAGCCUGAGGAGGAGGAAGAGGAGACAGAGUCUCAGAGUGAAACUGCACAAGAGGAUGUACAGAUUUGUGAAAGUCAGGCACAGUGAUGCCAUACUGAGCGAGUCAAGGAAUUAAAAAAAUUCCAGAGACAUUGAUGUAUUUUUGAGGAAUAUAUAAUUUAAAACUUGAAAUAGUACUAUUUCAAGACAAAUGCUACAUUCUUGCUUGUUUUAUGAAUAGAUUGCAUAGCACAAGUACAUAAUAUCAUGUUUAGGUUGUAAAGAAUUAUUUUACAAGAAGCCAGUUGUUUUUGGUCAUUACUUCUAAUUCUAACUCAAUGCACAUUUCUGUAUUAUUCUGAUACUUCUCGCACAAACACAGACGCGUCUAACAUGUCCUCUGCCUUUAUCUGGAUUCUUUGAAAGCACCUACAUUCUUAAUACUGCACUUACAGUGAAAAACUAAAUGUUAUAUACACUGUGCAUAAAAUUAUAACCUGUGUUCUGUCACAGCUAUUUGUGUUUCAUAAAAAAAGGAAUCAUU